AUGGGCAGUAAAUUCUGUAAGUCCAAUCCAGGUAAGGAUCUGAACUGGAGAGAGAAACUGCGGAUGAAGCCUAGUACAGAUGAAAACACACUAGAGAAAGAGAAGCCGCAGCAGUUACUUCUUGCACAACUGCAUCACAGAAAAAGGGUGAAGGCGGCUGGGCAGAUCCAGGCCUGGUGGCGUGGGGUCCUGGUGCGCCGGACCCUGCUGGUCGCUGCCCUCAGGGCCUGGAUGAUUCAGUGCUGGUGGAGGACGUUGGUGCAGAGGCGGAUCCGUCAGCGGCGGCAGGCCCUGCUGAGGGCCUAUGGCAUCCAGGAGCAGGCGGCGGUCAAGCUCCAGGCCUGCAUCCGCAUGUGGCAGUGCCGGCAACAUUACUGCCAAAUGUGCAACGCUCUCUGCCUGUUCCAGGUCUCAGAGAGGAGCCUUGCCUUCCAGACUGAUGGCUUUUUACAGGUCCAAUACUCAGUCUCUUCAAAGCAACCAGAGUUUCACAUUGAAAUCCUAUCAGUCUGA